UUCUCGCGAUGCUAAUGAUCAGCGACGCGAUUGGAUUAAUUCAAGUCUCGCGAUGUUCCGGUCUCUUCCUUGGCCGUCGCUGACACAGAGACUAAGGCCAUGUUCAGUACCAGCGCUAAGAUAGUGAAGCCGAACGGCGAGAAGCCUGAUGAGUUUGAGUCUGGAAUCUCCCAGGCUCUGUUGGAGCUGGAGAUGAACUCCGACCUGAAGGCCCAGCUGAGGGAACUGCACAUCACCGCAGCUAAGGAGAUCGAGGUGGGCGGCAGCCGCAAAGCCAUCAUCAUCUUCGUCCCGGUUCCUCAGCUCAAGUCCUUCCAGAAGAUCCAGGUCCGCCUGGUCCGGGAGCUGGAGAAGAAGUUCAGCGGGAAGCAUGUCGUCUUCAUUGCACAGGUGAGGGGUCAAAGGUCAGAAGGUGGGAACCUCUCGGGUUGGGUUCCAGACCCGGUUCUGCUCAGGAUUGUGAACUGGUGCAGCUCCAGUCCAAUGACCCGACAUGGACACCUGGGGGCGUGGCCUCCAGCUCUGUCCUGGUGGCCAAUGGGAGCGCAGCGCUGCGCCGUGACGUCCAAUCCCGUUCCACGAUGUCGGACACUUCCUCCCAGUCGAACUUUGACCUCCGUCCAUGACGCCAUCUUGGAGGACCUGGUGUUCCCCAGUGAGAUCGUCGGGAAGCGGAUCCGGGUCAAGCUGGACACCAGCCGGCUCAUCAAGGUCCACCUGGACAAGGCCCAGCAGAACAACGUGGAACACAAAGUGAGUGGUUCUGUUCGGAACAGACCAGAACCGGGCCAGCCGGGUUCUGGUUCUGAAAUGUUUGAGGAAUCAAACUGGGUUCUAGUUCCGUUUUCAUGUGGCUUAGAUCUGGGAAGUGGGUGUGGCCACCAUGGUGACGUCACAUCGCUUACUAUGGCAGGCUGUUUUAUCAUAAAAUUGGCUGCAACACUUCAUUCCAGAUUUGCGUUUCAUUUUAGAAAAGCUGAAUUUACAGAUCCAUAAAGAUCGUUUUAAAUUGGUUCCAGACAACUAAAGGUUAAAUGAACAAAAGUCAAAGGUCAUCCUGCUGAACUCUGACAAAUCUGUGCAGGCAGCUGUUUGGACAGCUCAGCACAGUUAAUGGGCUCUUUGCACGAACGGUGCUGAUGUCACAUCUGCAUGAGCCAAUGUGGCUUCCUUGUUUCCGCUUUGAGUUACCAUGACAGCUAGAAAAGACGAAGUCGUAUUUCAGACGCAA